AUGCUUGCCCCCAUCUUCCUCGCCGCCCUGGCCGGCACCGCCGCCGCCCUUCCAGCCCCCCAGACCAAGGGUGAUGGCAUCACCUAUGGCAACUGGACUGUCCGCGCCGAUUGGUCCCGCUGCCCAGACGCCAGCCAGUACGAUAUCACACUGCAGGGGCGCACUGCCGUCACCGGCACAAGUGUUGGAAGUGGCAUCGUCGACUUCAGGCUCCCCGUCGCCCCCUUCGACGCCUCCCUGGUCCUGAAGCCCGCUGGCAGUACCGGCUUCGGCUCCCCAUUCCCCCCCAGGAUGGUCGACGUGGCUCUGCUCGAGACCGCUGAUGCCGACGGGAACUUCGGCACGGCCACCUUCCAGCCCGAGAAGCCCGGCGCCACCAGUGUCGACGCCGUCAUUGCCCAGGUCGCUUGGUUCACAUCGCCCUACCAGGCCUUCAUGUCCGCCUCCGAGAUCGACUUCGCCACCCUGCAGAAGAACGAGACGGCCACCAUCGGUACUACCGUGGACCCCAGCUUCCUGAGGGUUUACUAUUGCUCCCACCCCACGGUCUAG